GCCUUUUACAAACGACGACGAGGAGCCAAAAGCGCUGGUGAGAAGUUUCAGUGCUCAAAUUGCGGCGUCUUACGAUCCCAAAGAUGCUUCGAACAGCACGCUGCGUGGGAUCAUCGCAGGAGAUUAUGAUCGAGCGCGAUCCAGUCAUGGAGAAGAUAAGAACUGGGAAAGGCACUUCAAAAAAUGGUCGCCAGUGGCUACCAAGUGAGUUUCCAUCCCAUACGGCAACCAACGCAUUUAACAACGAGACAUAGCGGAAGUGGUAGCUAUUUGCUGAGGCCUGCAGCCGUGAAGCUGAGUGUGUCAUGGGCUCGAUUCAGAGAGAAAGUCCCGAACAAGGAGGCGGCGUCUUGGCAGCAUCGCGCGCCGGAUUUCAAAGAUGUAUUCGAUUUGAUGAACAAUAUCAGCACUGAAUUCGAGGACAAACGCAAACGAGGACCGACCGGGCUCAUUAACAGGUACUUCCGGCAAUCAUGCGAGCAGCUGAAGGCCCAUGAUACCCUGCUCAGUAUCCUACCCGAGGGGAGUGAGUACGUGUCUCUGUUUACUGGCGUUCUGAAAUCCAUCAUCAAGGCUUCUUGUAACCAUGAAGAAGUAUGUGCUGCGUUCGCACGUUCAUGGGCAGAAAUUACAGAAAAAGUCUCGCUGGUAGAGGACAUUCUUGGUUUGUUACCGACGGAGAAGAACCAGGAGCUCAUGAUGAGCUUAUACGCCAACAUUUUCUCGUAUUUGAGCAGCGCGCUCGAUUGGUAUCUUCUGGCACCCUGGAAGCGUGCUGUCAAGGCGUUCAAUCAGGAUCUCUACAAGGAGCAUGAGGAUCAGAUCAUAAGUAUAUGCAAGAGCGCACAAGAAAUCAAAGACCGUGCACUGGUUGGAAGCGUAGCGCAACUACGUGACAUCCAGUAUAAUCUUGCGGAUCUCAAAAAACUCUUUGAACAAGACCAGCAACGGAAACGCCUAGACAUCCCGGAACUACGACGCCAGUCAAAGCUUGACCUGGAAGGUUUCAUCUCAAGCCACUUCAAAGGAGCUUUGCAACAAAUCGCCGAAGACGCUCUUAUUGGAGCCAACCUCCGACUCCACGGCGGGAAUGGCAACACCACUGGUGGAAGCAACAUGCCGGCGAUCAAGUUUUCAGCUAUCGAGGAGCGACAACGCCAAACAGUUUCCAGAUUUCCUGCCAAUCUACAAAAGUUCGUUGACAAAAGCCGAUUCAGACUAUUCUCGCAUUCCGCAGCGUCCAAUAUGCCAGUAGUUAUUGCUAUGCGACUGCAAAAAUGGGCCACAGGCGACAACUCUGCAAUCAUCUCACUUUCUGGAACGAAUGCCUAUGCUGAUAUCCGGACGCCGGAUUCGCUCAGCAGCGUAGCGGCGAAUCUGAUUGCUUUCGCCGACCUCGCAAAACUGCCGGUCGUGUCAUACUUCUGCACGCUCGCUACUCCUGGCGACUUGAAAUCUUCUCAGACUCGAGAGACGCACGCUCUGAUCGCGCUGGUCUACGCUUUAAUCUGGCAGCUUGUCGAGCUAAUUCCGGUUGAGACAAAGGUAGAUGUGGAUCUCAGCGCUGAACGAUUUCGCCUGCUCGAUGGGACAACGGAUACCUUCUCCGAAGCUCUAGAUCUUCUGCGUGAUACCUUCCAAUUUGCACCGCACUUACUAUAUUGCGUGAUUGAUGGACUGCAUUGGCUCGAUGACAGGUCUACGCGAACUCUUCUGGACAGCUUCGUGAGCUUGUUGCUGGAUAUAACCCGCAGUGGCGAUGCUCAAGAACACCAGAUCAAGAUCGUCUUGACUACUGCAGGGCCUGCCCGCGCGUUGUUGAGAAGUCGGCUUCCACGAAUAGACCAGAUCACGCUUGGGUCACCUUGAAUGCGACAUCGUUGGAGAUUUGGACCGAGUCUCGCAAAGCAUGACAUUGUUGACAA